AUGCAUUCUCCAAGAAAGAAAAAAACUCUUUAGCAAUACACCCCAAACUGAGCAUGUGCAGAGUGACUCCACACGAUAUGUCUUAUCAGGAGAUAAGAGGGGGACACUGGAAGAAGAAGAUGAUUCGAGAAAUCAGGAUCAAACAGAAUUUUUACACAAUGCAGAGGAUUAAUCCCUUAGGUUCCACAGUGAGUAUAACAAGCAUGCGUUACUGCCAGCGGUGGACUGACAACUCAUGGGGCCCCCGGGUAAUAGGGGAUCAUGGGGCCCCUGUGUCCUUGCCCAAACUCUAAAAAGCCUAU